GACUGUAAAUGAAACCAACAAGAAAGUCUACAUUACAUUCAUUUUGGACACAGUCCUGAAGGAUAGUUUCAUAACCCACAGAGCAUUUUGUGAUGCUUUAGCAGAAGAAAGUGCCAGACUCUCUGCAGCCAACUCAAUCUUGGCCAGUGGACAAAACCCUAAUAAUGAACAAUGGCCACCGAACACGGCGGGGAUAUUCCAUUUCAACCCCCAAAACUCUUCUUCACUCUUCCCCUUCUCCGCCCAACAGCGUCACUUCCCAAACCCACCACCCCACAUGAACCUCCUUCACCCCUCCUGGGACCCACUUCAGGAACAUAAUCCUUAUAACAAUGUCCAAAUCAAACCUGAAUCCAUCCACAUUCCCCUCUCUUCACCAUUUUACCAAGAACCGCUCCACAAUGGGCUGAUGGCCUCUCCCUUCCGUGGUCUCCACGUCAGCACCGGUGGAGCACCGCUCUCGGCCACCGCACUCCUCCAGAAGGCAGCCACUGUUGCUGAAGUACAUUCUGUAGGUCACGUGAGCUCCACCAUGUCCCAGCUGGAUAUGGGUCACGUGACCACCACCACUGCCGCCGGGGGAUUUGCAGCGGGUAAUCUUGUCACGUGGACUGACCACUUCACCAGGGACUUUCUUGGGCUGAAAGGAAACCACUGUGGUAGCGGCAGCUGCGGCAAUAAUGGGAGCUCGGGGGACCUGCUAUCCUACACCGGGGGUGUAGAAUACCCAACUUAUGGCCAUGAACACUCACUAUUGAAGCAUCAAGGUGGCUUUGGAUUUACCGAAACUGCAUCAGAAGGCGAACUGUUGAAGCUACACUGCAUUACAGAUGGCUAA